AUGCUUCGUGAACGGAACACCUUCGUGCUCAAGGCUCGUAGUGGCAAUGACGAGCGGCUACAUGCAAUUACGCUUAAUGUGAAUGUGAGGGAGCAGGAUUUAGCUCAUUUCAAUGGCAGGAAUGGCUCUGGAGCGGAUAAAGCGGUGCAGCGUGUGCUGGAGCUGCUGGACGAGGACGAAGCCUUCCAGUCGAUAAUGCGUGAGAUGGAUGAUCUCCGCCAGUUGGACCAGCUCAUCAAGGCCAAGGCCAAGGACGGCACGCACACGCUCGAGCUGCCGGACGUGACGGUGCAAUGGCAAGUGGCCGAAGAGCCGGGUCUCCCCAGUGUCCUGCAGCGUGUACAGAGCGACAAUGGAGACAGUCAAUCGACUAGUGGACGUGUGCCAAGCACUGCCGAUCCGUCAGGGAAGUAUCGCCCCUUACCCGUGCGAAAGCUGGUCGUGGCUGUAUGGAUGUACCCACCGCACGUCGAGAUCCCUCCGACAGGGGACCGGAUCCCAGUAGCUAGCGACGCGAAUAGGCAGGACUUUUUCGGCAAGGACGACGCUGAGAGCGUCGAGGAGUCCAAAGAGUAGACUGUGAUAAUAUACACAGGUUCUUCUUAUGAUGACGACGAAGG